AAUAACAUAUAGUGAAGGUUAAGGUUAUGGGUAUGUCAAUUCAAGAUUCGUUACAUAUAUAAGGAAGGGGUGUUUGAUGGAAACUGUAUCAGUUCAGUUUUCGCCUUUGCGGUGUAUCCAAUCCAUCGACUCAAAAUGAACUCUGUGAUCGUAGCAUGCCUGGUAGCCAGCCUGGCAGUUUAUAGUCACGCAGGCCUCCUAGGUUUGGGUGGACGUGCUACCUUGGUUGGCCCAGGUAAUCCGGGUGCUCUUAUAAAAGGACCCGCCGCCGAAGGAGUCCUUUUGGGACCUGACGGCAGCCAUAUCGCUGCCGCCGCCCAAGCCGGGAUCGUGGACGCCGCCCCUAUCCCCGGAGGUGUGGUGAGUGCCGCUGUAGCCCCAGGUCGCAUUGCUAUCGGUCAUGGAGGUUUAUUAGGAGGUGGCCUGUUGCUUGGAUUGCAUUGAUUCCAACGUCAGAAAAGUAAAAUAAAAAUGUUUCGCAAUCA